AUGGAUUUCCAGCAGGCACCUCCACGUGGUAUAAUUUUCGACCUUAGAGAUGUCCUCUUCAAAUGGUCCGCCAAAACAACGACGACUAUUUCACCUCGAACGCUGAGAGAAAUUUUCAAAACGCCAGUCUGGAAUAGCCAUGAGCUGAGUUCUAAUCAUUUUUCUAUCCCUGUGACUAUGAUCGCUGAGGCUUUUGCCCAGGCAUGUAAAUCUUUAAAAUCCGAUCGAAAAAUAGUUUCGUUUCUUCACGAAUUGAAAAAAGAUUCUGCUAUUCAAGCAUAUGCCAUGUCAAACGUGGGCAAAGAGGAUUUUGAAGAUCUCGCAACUAAGAUGGAUUUGCUCCUUUUUGAUCGAGUAUUCACUUCAGCGGCGGUAGGAAUGAGAAAGCCAGAGCUAGGAUUUUAUAACCACGUUUUAGAGCAGAUAUGCUUAAAUGGGAGUCAAGUAGUGUUUGUUGAUGAUAAGGAAGAUAAUGUGAAUGCAGCACGACAGUUGGGUAUUCGGGGAUAUGUUUUUGGAGAGUCGACGAUUCAUAUGUUAAGCGAGAUAUUUGAUAGCCCGGUUAGUAAGGGCUCGAGAUAUCUAUUUCAGAAUGCGAAGCAUUGUGACUCGAUCACUAUGAGUGGAGUCACUUUUGCGGAUAAUUUUGCGAAAUUGCUGAUUUUGGAUUCGUUACAAGACCUGAUUCUCAUGGAUCUCAGUUGGGGGUCCAAAGAGACUUGGAAUUUUUUUGCCGUGCUUAUUCCAGGAGGUCUUUUUCCUGAUGAUCUUGACACUACAUACCUCGCUCUGACAGUUCUGCGACCAUCAUCAACCAAAACCAUUUCAUCACUUCUCGACACCAUGGCCGAAUAUGUCAACGAUGACGGACCACUCUUGAAGUUACGGAUACGUGAACGUCUUGGUCUGGAUGGUAACGCAUUAGAUUUGGCUAUGCGGAUUGUCACGUGCAGUCAGUUGGGUAUUGAAUGCGAAGAUGAUCGCAAGGCUUUACUUAACUUGCAGUGUGAGGAUGGGAGUUGGGAAGCUGGAUGGAUGUAUCAGUAUGGGAGGGAUGGGAUGAAGAUUGGGAAUUGUGGGGUCACGACAGCUAUGGCUGUUGCGGCACUGUCGUCUCAUGAUAUUGUUGGUUGUGACCAAAAGGGUGUUUAUAGACCAGCAAUUGUAUUUAACUUAGAAUCUACAGGUGAAGAGCACCUGUAG